CUUGGGUACCUUGGUGAGCUAGAAGUGCCUCAGUUACUCUUACUGUCUUUGGACAUCACUAUCUCAGGAUGAAUUACUCGAGGUUUUUAACAAGAGUAUCUCAAAAUCGUCAACCUUCUUUGAUUCGUGAAUUAACUAGCCUGCUGUCAAAUGCCUCUCCACAACUGGUCUUCAUGGCUGGAGGGUUACCAAAUGUUCAGAUGUUUCCUUUCCAAGCUGCAUCAAUUACUAUGAGAGAUAAUCAGACCAUCACAAUUAACCCAAAACUUAUGAAUGAUUGUCUACAGUAUGGACCAACUCCUGGAUAUCCUCCUUUAAUUAAGCAGUUAAAGAAGCUUACUGAGAAGUUACAUGCACCCCCUUGUUGGGCUGAGAGUGAUCUGGUAGUGACCACUGGAAGCCAAGAUGGUCUUUGUAAAGCAUUAGAGAUGAUGCUCAACCCUGGGGACUACAUAGUUACACAAGAGCCUUGUUACACUGGUACAUUAGGUAUAAUGAACCCAUAUAAGCCACAUUACUUAGCAGUAAAAGGUGAUGACGAAGGAAUGAAACCUGAAGCUUUAAAGGCAGUAUUGUCAAAGUGGCAGCCAGGAGAUGUUCGUGAUGCACAAGAAGGUGUUCCAAAGGUAUUAUACAUCAAUCCAAAUGCUUGUAAUCCUACUGGAGUGUCCUGCACUGAGGAACGACGUCGGGAGAUUUAUAAAAUUGCAUCAGAAUAUAAUCUCAUCAUUCUUGAAGAUGACCCAUAUUAUUUUGUACAGUUUGGAGGUAUGAAGGACUUUUCUCCAAGUUUUCUCAGUAUGGAUACUGAUGGACGAGUAUUAAGAUUUGACUCCUUUUCUAAAAUUUUGAGCUCCGGACUUAGAAUAGGCUAUGUCACAGGACCAAAGCCACUUAUUGAAAGGAUUGUACUACAUGCACAGGUUUCUGUUCUACAUGCUCCGGCCAUGUCACAGGUAUUAGUGAGUGAGUUACUGCAGAUUUGGGGAGUGGAUGGGUUCUUGAAGCAUACACAAACAGUGCAAGAGUUCUACCUCAAGCAGAGAGAUGCUAUGUUACAAGCUGCACACAAACACCUUGAGGGCCUUUGUGAAUGGACAGUACCUACUGGAGGAAUGUUUCUCUGGCUAAAGGUACCAAAAAUUUUCGACACAUGGGACAUGAUUUUAGAGCGAGGUUUAAAGAAGGAUGUUAUGCUGGUGCCAGGGAAGGCUUUCAUGUGUGAUUCAUCUCUACCCUCACAGUACAUGAGAGCUGCCUUCUCAAUGGUAACCCCAACAGCAAUGGAUAAGGGAUUCCAAAGUCUAGCAGAACUGAUUCAUGAAGAAAUUGCUCUACAAGAGACUAAUGCAUCUAACUGACUAACCAUCAGUAAAUAAAUAUAUAAAAUAUUAUAUAUUAAAAUACAGUUCAUCUUAAUUUUCAAUGAAAGAAGCACUCAAUUAAUUUUCUAGUCUUAUUACAUGGUAAUAUUAGCCUGAUGGAAAAGGCUUGUUGGGUAAGUACUUUGCAAUACAGAACUGUGCUCUAUCUCUCAGAUAAAUGCAGUUGUUUGUGCUAGAAUUCAUCUUAUAUAUUUAUAAAAAUCAAGGUGUGAGCAAUGUGAUAUCUGCGAAAUGAUUUGCUGGACUUAAAUUAGACUGAAGGUGGAUUGGAAGUGGAAGGCACAGUACCUGUACAUUGAGGGAGGGGUGAAGAUGUUGCAGUUCAUUGAAUUAUAAAAAUUGUGAUGUCUGUGCACUCUUACUCUUGGCAAGACAGCUAUUGAAUAAGUCAGAAGUUUUUAAUAUGUGUUCCACAGAACUCUAAUGUUCUGCAGGAACUUGAUGGAGAGAGGAGGAGGAGGAGGAGGAGGAGGAGAGGGAUAUGAUAAAAUAGCAUUGACUGGCAGCUAGUGGGAAAACAGUAGGAAACAGAAACCCACAUUGUCAACAAGCACUAGUCUGAUUGAUUUGGUGAUUUUUUAAUUUAUUAGUUUAGUUGGGUUUGCCUUGUUUAACUGAAGUUGCUGUGGGAUGAAAGUGUUAUUACUCUUGUAUUACUAUUAUGUGCUGGUGGAUACACACUAUGUUUAAAUAAAACAACAUUGCCAUGCUCUUGCAUGCAUUGCUGGCUACAAACUAGUAAACUUAGUGAGGACUGAAAUAAUGUGAAAACGUUUUAAUUCUGAUGCUGCUGCUUCUAUUUCUACUUUUUUGUAUGUCAUUAUUCUAGCACAUUUAUCUGAUGUGAAGACGAUGUAAUCAGUCCAUCACCCUUGAAGUCGUAGAUAGUUCCUGACUAUGGAACUGAACUUCUCCAGGCUGAGGGACUGACAACCUCAAAUUCUACAUUUAUCUGAUGCCAGAUAUUCUAAAAAUUUAAGCUCAAUCACAAGCAAGAAAUGAAAGCAUGACAAUGGCUAUAUCAGAUUGUUUUACAUGGAAUGGUAAUAAAGAGAAACCAAA